AUGCUAGAGCCAGGCAUGCGCAAUGAAUCAACUGGUCCUUUCCAAACAUCUAGAUAUUUUACAACAACUUAUUUACAACAUAAUGAAAUAUUUAACUCCUCCUCACUAUUUUCAACAAAAAAUGUUCUUCCUUCAACGCUGGAUUUAACGUUAUCAACACAAACAUCAGUGAGUUUUUCAUUUACCAGUCCAUAUAUAUCCAAUUCCAAGCGAUCUUUAGACUAUUACAGAUUCACAUGGCUCUACAUUUCACCUCUCAUCUUAGUGAUAGGUUUGUUUGGAAAUAUUUUGACGCUAUCUGUAGUCAACAAAAGACCGCUAAAGCAUAGCCCUACAAGAAUUUAUCUUUCUGCUAUGUCCGUUGGCGACAGCCUGGCUCUAAUAUGGAAAAUAAUUCCUGAAUUUAUGCGAGUGGCUGGUGUUUUAAAUUUUAGUUCAAUUAAUGAGUGGAGUUGCAGAAUAGAACAGUUCAGUUUUUAUACAUCGAGUGAUGCUGCAAUCUGGUUCAUGGUGGCUUUCACGAUAGAUAGGUUGGUGGCUGUAUGUUUUCCAUUGAAAAAAAGAAGCUUGUGCAAGCCAAGUUCAGCAAAAAUUUUUGUUGGUGCUGUUGUUAUUGCUGCCAUUUUUAAAAACGCUCAUGUAUUUUGGACAAGGGGUUUAGUUUUAAUGGAUGAAAUACCAGAUGAUCGAAAAUUCAAAGGAAACACAAAAAAACUGUUUUAUGAAAACAAUUUUUUUAAUUAUCAUAAAAUAAAAAAUGUUUCAGUGAAUGAAAUCACAACGUCAACAAACACGCGAACAAGCUCAAACGAGACUAUGUUACUAUCUGGGCGGUCGAUCGAACCAGUCAUAAAUAAAAUAAAUUAUAUGUUCCAGCACACAACACAUCGCACUCCAUUCAAAAAUGGACAAUUAAAAUGUCAACGUUUAGAAAGGUACAAGUAUUUUGAGCAAGACAUCAGAACCUGGCUAGCAUUUGUUUUCAUCACAGUUCUGCCGGCCACCAUCCUCAUUGUAUCCAAUGUCAUGAUUGUCGUGACUCUCGUCAGGGUUCACCGAUUCAGGACCGCAGGCAACAACGGGAGUGCUCCUCUGCCAUCGAUGUCCAGCAAGUGCGACAGCUCAUCAGCCUCAUCGUUGCAUCAGCACCAGCAACAACAAAUUAAGUACCACAGCUGUCAGAAGAAGGAACAGAAGCAAAUUUUUGAUGGACCAAAACAAAUGAAUGAAUUAAAACUCGAUCCAGAAGUAUUAAAUAAUUCUCGAGCAAAAUCUGAAUUAACAGCGGCGAAAUUUUUUGAAAAGAAACCAUCAUAUUGUAAAUAUUCGCCAACAAGUGGUUCGUCUAAAAUUCAACAUCUUAUAGUUCAGAAACAUCUCUCAAAUUCAAAUAUGAUAAACGACAAAAUUGAAGCAGAAGAAAAAUAUGAAGAAGACCAAACAUCAGCAAAACCAAAUCACUGCAUUCCACAAGUGGAGAACACGAAACGUCCAUCAAUGCAAAAUUCUCUUCUUAAUUCGUCGAACGGUGCGCAACCGUUGCAGCCAAAAAUUAAAUAUAUAUUCACCGGGACAUCUCUAAUGUGUUUGGCUGUUUCAAUAACAUUUGUUGUAUGUGUUGCUCCAAGCAUCAUAUUAACAAUCAGCAAAACAGAAUGGAAAAGGAAAAAUGAGAAAGCAUAUGGGAUUGCCACAUUGGUAAACAACCAACUGGCUAUGGUGAAUCAUGCCAUCAACUUUAUUCUCUACUGCAUGACGGGUCAGCAGUUUAGGAGGGAGUUGAAAUCGUUGAUGCAAUGUAGGAGAAGAAAGCCAUCGCACCAUUUCAUUAACAAGAAACUUUGUCAACAGAAUUUACUUUCUCAACAAAAAAGUCUAAUGCUCAAAAAACAAAAAAACAACUCACGAAAAAUUCCAUUGUCAUGCCUACCAUGCAACAAACCAGGACCAAAGUUUAAAAGAAAUUACAACGAAAUUAACUUUAGAAACGGUAAUAGAAAUGUUUUGAGCAGCUUAUACGGGCUCAGUUGGAGAAGCAGUGCUGGAACGUUGUCCACCAAGAGUUCAAUACUCACAAGUUCGGUCAUGAAAAAUUUAAAGAUCAAUGUUGAUGGUGCGGACAAUUAA